AUGUCGGUCUUGGGCGGAACACCCUUCAUGGGUAGUUCGCAUCAACAGCGACUAGUGACCGGACACGAGAUAAGAGAAACCUAUGCUUCAUCGGCUACACUCCACAAUAAUUUUAAGGAGCAGAGUGAGGAGAAGGAGGAACCUGAGGUCGAUAUGGAGGACAAGGUUGAGGACAUGGUGAGGCAACUGACUCGCCACUCCACUCAUUUCUCAUCGGCGAAUGCAAGCAACCCUUUCUUUGAGGAGAACAAGGAAACCUCCUGGCAUCCUGACAGUCCUUUCUUCAAGCCGAAAGAUUGGAUUCGGUCCUUGAUCGCUGCUCAGUCGCAGGAUCCGGAACGAUUCCUUCAACGCUCGGCAGGUGUUGCAUUCAAGAGCCUUUCGGUGCAUGGUUUUGGAAGUCCCACCGAUUAUCAAAAGGACGUUUUCAAUUCUCUGCUCAGUAUCGGUGGCCUCGUCCGCAACCUGGUUGGAAGCGGGAAACAGAAGGUUCAAAUUCUCCAGAACUUCAAUGGACUGGUCAAAAGUGGAGAAAUGCUGGUGGUCCUGGGCCGUCCUGGAAGUGGCUGCUCAACAUUAUUGAAGACGAUUGCCGGCGAGAUGAACGGUAUCUAUGUCGACGAUAACAGCUAUUUGAACUAUCAAGGGAUCUCGGCCCCAAUGAUGCAAAAGCAGUUUCGUGGAGAGGCCAUUUUCAGUGCUGAGAAUGAUGUGCAUUUCCCUCAAUUGACGGUCGGUGAAACCUUGACAUUUGCCGCUACGGCACGUACGCCACGCACCCGUUUCCCCGACUUGUCGAGAAGGCAAUACGCCGAUCAUCUUCGGGACGUGGUGAUGACCAUGCUAGGUCUCCGGCAUACAUUUAAUACUCGAGUGGGUAACGACUUCGUGCGUGGUGUUAGUGGAGGUGAACGCAAGCGAGUUAGUAUUGCAGAGGCUAUCCUCAGUGGUGCUCCCCUUCAAUGCUGGGACAACAGUACGCGAGGUCUUGACAGUGCGAACGCAUUGGAAUUCUGCAAAAACCUCCGCUUGAUGAGCGAUUAUGCAGGAACCACGGCCUGCGUUGCGAUUUACCAAGCUUCGCAGAGUGCCUACGAUGUGUUUGACAAAGUCGUUGUUCUCUACGAGGGCCAGCAAAUCUAUUUCGGCCCGACUGGUGAGGCUCGUGACUUCUUUACCAAUAUGGGCUUCGAUUGUCCGGGCCGCCAGACCACCGCCGACUUCCUCACCUCCCUGACUAGUCCCACCGAGCGCAGAGUGAAGCCCGGAUACGAAGCAAGAGUGCCUCGCACGUCACAGGAAUUUGCCCAGCUCUGGCAAAAUAGUCCGGAGUGUGCCCGUCUCCUCCAGGAGAUUGACACCUUCGACAAGGAAUACCCCAUCGGUGGUCAGGCCUUGUCUACUUUCAGUGAAGCUCGCCGCGUAUCAAAUCCCCCCUACACACUCUCGGUUCUCGAACAGAUUAAUCUUAACGUGAAACGUGGUUUCCUGCGGCUUAAGGCUGACAUGUCCCUGUUCUACUCGGCUCUUUUCGGCAAUUUUUUUAUUUCUCUGAUUUUGGGAAGUGUGUUUUACAAUCUCGCUUCGGAUACAUCCAGUUUCUACUCUCGAGAAGUUCUGCUCUUCUACGCCGUUCUUCUCGCUGCGUUUGCCAGUGCUCUCGAGAUCUUGACUCUCUAUGCCCAACGAGCAAUUGUGGAAAAGCAAUCCCGAUAUGCCUUCUACCAUCCUUUCACGGAAGCGGUCGCGUCCAUGUUAUGCGAUGUACCGUAUAAAUUGGCAAACUCGUUCACCUUCAAUCUUCCUCUCUACUUCAUGGCCAACCUCAAGCGUGAGCCAGGAGCCUUUUUCAUUUACUGGCUCUUUUCCCUCGUGACCACAUUUACCAUGUCAAUGGUCUUCCGCACUUUUGGUGCCGCAUCACGUUCUCUGGCCCAGGCACUGGUCCCUGCUGCUCUCCUCAUCUUAGGUCUCGUGAUCUACACAGGUUUUAUCAUUCCUACUAAAGGCAUGCUGGGUUGGUCUCGCUGGAUGAACUACAUUGACCCGAUUGCGUACUCGUUCGAAAGUAUGAUGGUCAAUGAGUUCCGCUAUAGAGAGUUCGCCUGUUCGGCUUUUGUACCUUCUGGGGAGGGAUAUGAGAAUGUGGACACUAUUAACACCAUCUGCAGCACCGUCUCAUCCACCGCGGGAGACCUCUACGUUAGCGGAGAGGCCUACUUGGAGGUUGCUUAUGCUUACACUAACAACCAUCUCUGGCGUAACCUGGGUAUUAUCAUCGCGUUCAUGAUAUUCUUCAUGUUCGUUUAUCUCAUUGCGACCGAAUACAUCACCGAAGCUGCCUCCAAGGGUGAGGUUCUUCUUUUCCGCCGGGGUCGUCAGCCGAAGGCCCAGGCACUCGAUUCUGAGACUACCGCAGACGCGACCUACCGCGCGGAAGAGAAUUCCGAGGGUGCUGGUACUAAAAUCCAGCGACAAACUGCUAUCUUUCAGUGGCAGGAUCUUUGCUAUGAUAUCAAGAUCAAGAAUGAGGAUCGUCGUAUCCUUGACCACGUGAACGGAUGGGUUAAACCAGGUACCGCGACCGCAUUGAUGGGUGUUUCUGGCGCAGGAAAAACUACACUUCUUGACGUUCUUGCAACUCGUGUGACUAUGGGUGUUGUCACUGGCGAUGUCCUCGUUGAUGGUCGUCCCCGAGAUAGCUCAUUCCAGCGCAAAACUGGCUACGUUCAACAGCAGGAUGUUCAUUUGCCCACCUCUACGGUGCGCGAAGCUUUGGAGUUCAGUGCUUUGCUCAGACAGCCAGCCCAUACUAGCCGUCAAGAGAAGCUCGACUAUGUUGAAGAAGUCUUGGAAUUGCUUGGUAUGCAAACAUAUGCUGACGCUGUGGUUGGUGUCCCGGGUGAAGGAUUGAACGUUGAGCAGCGAAAGCGCUUGACUAUUGCCGUGGAGUUAGUUGCCCGACCUCAGCUAUUGCUUUUCUUGGAUGAGCCUACGUCCGGCUUGGACAGUCAAACCUCUUGGUCUAUUCUGGAUUUGAUUGAAACCCUCACCAAACAUGGACAAGCUAUUCUGUGUACCAUCCAUCAGCCCUCUGCUAUGUUGUUCCAGCGAUUCGAUAGACUGUUGUUCCUUGCCAAAGGAGGACGCACUGUCUACUUUGGAAAGAUCGGUGACAAUUCAUCGAUCUUGGCGGACUAUUUUAUGCGUAACGGUGGCCAUACUCUGACUGAUGGUGAAAACCCGGCAGAAUGGAUGCUUGAUGUGAUUGGUGCUGCUCCUGGAUCUCACACUGAUGUCGAUUGGCCCGAGGCCUGGAACAAGAGUGCUGAAAGGCAGGCCGUUCUUGAUCACCUAGCUGAGCUGAAGUCGUCCCUUUCUCAAAAACAGCCAGAGGGCACCGAAUAUGGAGAGCAUCGCGAGUUUGCUUCUUCGACAAAGGACCAGUUCGUGCAGUGUCUGUCUCGUCUCUUCUCGCAAUACUGGCGUACUCCCUCCUAUAUCUGGUCUAAACUUGUUCUCUCGAUUCUCACUGCACUUUACAACGGCUUUUCGUUCUACAACGCAAAGAACACCCAACAAGGACUGCAGAACCAGAUGUUCAGCAUCUUCAUGCUCAUGACCAUCUUCGGAAACCUUGUUCAACAGAUUAUGCCUAACUUCAUCAUCCAACGAUCCAUCUUCGAAGUUCGUGAACGCCCAUCCAAGAUGUACUCUUGGAAGGUGUUCAUGACCUCCAAUAUUAUUGUUGAGUUGCCUUGGAACUUCCUGGUUGCCGUGUUGAUGUUCUUCUGCUGGUACUACCCCGUUGGUUUAUACCAAAACGCCGAGCCCACCGAUGCCGUCUCUGAGCGUGGUGCGCUUAUGUUCCUGUUUUUGUUGGUGUUCCUGUGGUUCACAUCUACAUUCACUCAUAUGGUCGUGGCUGGUGUGGAAACUGCGGAAACUGGAGGCAACAUCGCCAAUUUACUCUUCGCCAUUCUGCUCCUAUUCUGCGGUGUCAUCGCUACCCCACAAGAUAUGCCCGGAUUCUGGAUCUUCAUGUAUCGCCUCUCCCCAUUCACGUACCUGGUAUCUGGAAUGUUAUCCACUGCUGUUAGUGGAACGGACGUUACAUGUAGUACUGAUGAAAUUCUCACCUUCAACCCCCCGAGCUCUCAAACCUGCUACCAGUACCUGAACGCUUAUGCUGAACGGACUGGUGGAUACAUCGAGAACCCCAACGCAACGAGCUCAUGCUCUUACUGCACCAUGUCGUCCACUGACAAUUUCCUCACCGGGGUCGACUCCUACUGGAGCGAUGCCUGGAGAAACUUUGGAAUCAUGUGGGCUUACUUGGCGUUCAAUAUUGUCGUCACCCUUGGAAUCUACUGGUGGGCACGUGUUCCUAAGGGAAACAAAACCAAGGGAAGCUCUUAA